AUGAAGAGUAUCAACAUAGACAGAAGUUCAUCUGAUGCAUUUUAUCGUUAUAAAAUGCCAUCUAAUAUUGUGAAAAUAGAAGGUCGUGGGAAUGGUAUAAAAACAGUACUAGUGAAUAUUGAGGACAUUGCUAAGAGCUUAAAUAGGGACCCAAAGAUCUUAACUAAAUACUUAUCCUAUGAGAUGGGAACUCUUUCAAGUAUUGAUGAUAAGAAUGCUAAGUAUAUUAUUAAUGGUGCACAUGAUAAGGAACGUGUCCAGGAAUACUUGUUUAACUUUAUUGAUGAGUUGGUGUUGUGUAAGGAGUGCCGGAAUCCCGAAACAGUACUCUUUUGUUCGCCUUCACGUAAAAGUGUUCUACAGAAGUGUAGUGCUUGUGGAGGAGAAGGAGUUGUGCGGAGUACGAAUAAGAUUAUGAAGACUUUGCUUAAAGAGUUGUCGGAUCGGGCAGAUAUGCCAGGGGAAGGUGUAGAGGAUGGAGAGUUUGAUGAUUUUGAAGAUUUUGACGAGGCUAAUCAUGCUUUUGGUUGA